AAAAAGACGAGUGUUUUGUGUUUCAGUUUAAAUUUUACUCAGACUAGUUCUUUGCUUUUUGACUUAAUUGUGUUCAUUUUGUCUAGUACUUGUGAAUAAUUAUAUUUAGAUUGUGGUUGUUCUUUUUUCUUUUGCUAGAAAUCCGUGUUCAUUCAAUUUUUUUUCGUAUUUGAAUUAUUGGCUACAAACCACGUGUCUGUCCAGUGACUCGUCUUGUUCGUGAACGUUUUCGAAAGUUUUCUAUUCUAUAUAUAUUUUUUUUCGAUUUGUCGGCUUUCGCAUUCUAAUUUUUUACCGUUAAGUGUGAAUUUAAACACUUUUUUUAAAAUAAUUAUAUACUGCAAUUAUGGCUAAAACAAAAGCAUCGAAAAAAGCCAAAUUGAGGCCGUUGAUCAUAAAUACUAACGAUGUUACUAAUGCUGUACCCAUAUCAGCUAAUAGUGGCAAACAUAUAACUUGGAGGGAUGAUGAUUAUGAGGAUGGUACUACAUGUUCUGAGCAAGAGUAUACAGAUCCUGCUAUAAUAGCGGUAGGAGGUGGUAUGUCGGUGGUAACACCGGCAGUUUCGGAAUAUCGUUAUAGCAAAGAAGACUUAAUUAGGAUACGGAGCUAUCCCAGUUCUCAACGCCGCCCAAAGUUCCUGAAUUCUGCCUUCUAUGACGCCAAUGGAAUAUGGGAUCCUGCUCGUUGGCAUUACAAUGUUAAAACCCUUGCUGCGGGUAAUUUGACUGAUGGCAACGAUGGUCAAAUCGAGAACGGCGAUCCGACCAAGCGCAAACCUGGUGAUCCGAGGGAACGUUUACGCAAGGAGCAAGAUGGAAUAGUAUUAAGUCCACAGCGUCGCAGUUUCAACUCCGGUUGCUUUGUGCCGGUACGCGAUCCCGUACGUCCGAACAACAGACCCCAUAGUCCUCUCGGAAAACCAGAAGCUCCGCAUUUGUCGCAUAGAGAUAUUUACACAGCACCAUCUUCGAGGCGUAUUGGCAGCGGGCGCAUACUUCCAUGGGAUUACCAGGAGAAGGCCGAUGCUCCAGACAACGAAAAUUAUGGUCCCAGACGUGAACGACGAGACACCGAUGAGCGCUACGAUCGUCGUUCCUUCGGCCGCGAUUUUGAUCUCAAAGAUAAUAACAAGCGGGGUGGUGGCGGUGUCAACAAUGGUCGCUACAACAAUCGUCGCAUAUCUUCUGAAAGUCGCGAAGAGGAACCGGAAUGGUUCUCUUCAGGGCCUAUCUCUCAAAACGAUACGAUCGAGUUGCGAGGAUUCGAUGAGAGCGAGAAAAUAAACGGAAAGAAGAAGAACGUGACUCAGAAGAAAAAGAAGAACGACCUGCACAACAAUGGUAACAGUAUUGAUAAAAUCGACGAGGUUGUCGUUACAAAGAAUGCUGAGAAAGUAACUCCCUCGCCGACACCGCAGGACGGUGGAGGAGUUCAUCAACAGUCCGCAAAGGAAAAGGAAUCUGCUGUCGGCGCUGCUCGCGUUUCUCCUCCAAAGGAACAGAACGAUUCUUCAUUUAAUUUCGAAGAUAUAUUAAAAUGCGAAAAUCUUACCGAAUUCCCCGGUUUACUCUCUAACGGAGUGGAAUCGGGCGAUGCGGCGGGUUCUCGAUUUAGUCGCUGGUUUAACAGGUCUGACAAUAGUCCAUCGAAUAAAGUUUCUGCGGAAAAUCGUUGUCCUAGUUUACCUGAAGCAAGUAAUGAUCAUCAUCAAAUCAUCAAAAACCUACUUGGAGAGCAAUUUAACGAGCCCAGUGUGGCUAUUCCGCAACCAGGCGAUUCUGAAUCCUACUUCGCACCGAUUUCACCUGCUGCUAGCUCGGUUCCUGUUCAACAACAACAGCAGCAGCAACAACAAAAGUCGUUGAACUUGAUGGAGAUGUUACAGCGCGGCAACAAAAUACAAGAGGGUAACAAUAUGACCCAACCAAUUCAACAACCGAUGAAGGAGAUUCCUGGAAAGAUUUUAAGCUUGGAAGAAUUGGAAGCUGGCAUGCGACAACAAGGAUCUAAUGUAAAGCAUCAACCUAAGGCUGAGGAAGACGUUAAAGCCUUCAAAAGAUUGGUAAACAGCUUGAAUCAAAAACCACCUAUGAGUAUUAUGGAAAUGUUAUCGCAAUCACAACAACAAGAUGAAGCACGAAUGGCUAGUCACAGAAUGAACAAUUAUCAAAUGACUGAUAUCCAGUAUAAGUUGCAGCAUGUUCAUAACCAAGUACAGCAACAGCAACAACAGCAGCAGCAGCAGAAGCAAGCUCAAAUGGAAAUGUUAACGAAGUUGAUGAACGCUGGAUUUGCAACGACCAAUGCAAGGGCAUCUCCGCUUCCUGAAAUGGGUAUUAACCAGAGCAAGGAAUUGUUGAACAGACCCGAGGCUCAAGCUAUAUUGCAGGGCCUGAAACGUGGGGAUAUUACCCCCCAACAUCUGAAUCAGCAGUUAGCAAAUCCGGCUAUGCAGCCCCGUCACCGUGAAUUAGUAUAUACAAUUUUGAAGAUGUAUCAGGUGACGGGAGCGAUGCAGCAGCCGCAGCCUGUUAGUCCUGUUAACCCUCCGCAUCAUUCAAUCUACCAACAGCAGUUGCGUGUAUCCCCAUUGCCCCCCAACGCAUAUUGUGUAUCCCCUGUAUUGGCAACUAGUCCCAACACGCUCACAGUUCCAGCAAUGCAUCAGAGGAUACCAUCUCCGCGCGAACUUCAACUCCACACGCAAAACAUUAUGCAAAGAGCUCUGAUCAAGAAGAAGCUCGAAGAACAGGAGGAGAAUUACCGGAAGAAGCAACAGCAGCGCGGAAAUUCGCCGGCCAAGACCGCUUCGCCCACUCGUUUGGCCUUUACACCGACAUCUGUAUUGAGAAAAAUGACUGCCGACAAAGAUGACAGCUCCAAAGAAGCCAAAGGGGACUCCAAGAUUCCACAGGGUAGGCCACUAAUUGGAAUGCGUCCGCAGCAGUCGAACAUCCAAGCUCAGCAGCAACAAGUUAACUGGAACAAUCAAUUUGCACAACAAAUGAAGCAACCCGGCCGUCCAAUUGUUAAAGCAAACAAUAAUUAUCAAGCAAAUCAGCAAGAGCAAUUUUUCCUGCAACAACAGCAGCAACAACAAAGAUUGCAGCAACAGUUGCAACAGCAGCGUAAAAAUCAACAAACUUUCGGUCAGAGUUUCGUCAACCAGAAUCAACCUUAUCAACAACAGCAUCAGCAACUCAGCCAGCAGCAAUUGAGGGCGCAACAUCAGAAUGUCAGAACUCCACAACAUCAAACGCCCUUUGGUCAACAACAAACCACACCGUGGCCGCAGCAAAUGAUGCAAGGACAACAAGGCUAUGAUAAUCGUGCGGUAGGCCGUCCCAGUGGUAUCGAAGGAGGUGAUUUAUCUCCAACCAGCAACCAAUUGGCUCGUUGGUUCUCUCCCGAUCUUUUGGAAAGCGCCAGGAAAGGUAAACUUCCGCGUAUACCAGCUAGUGCUCUGCCGCAACAUACUCUCAGUUUGGAAGAAGUUGAAAGACAGACGACGCCCGUCGGGCACAAUUAGGUACCUGUUUUUCCCAAAUGUCCUAUCCCCAAAAUCCUUUCUUAAUCUCGUUCUCUUUCUAUCUCUCUAUCUACAUAAAUAAAUAUAUCUAAUAAAAAUAUCCGAAAUGAAUCUCAAUACUUGUAUAUAUACUUACAAACAGAAUACUCGGCGAUGAAUCGUUUGUUACUAUUUGCAAUCAUGAACUUAUUUGCCUUUCCCAACGCCAUCCUACUACCAUUUCUUUCGAUAUUUUUAGGAUAUAGACUACAUUACACUAAGAAUAGCCAUGAAUCAAUUCAUUUUGUCCUUACAAUUUCCAAUUUCAAAUGCCUUCUUCUUCUUCCAAAGUAAAUUUAGUUUUCUUAUCAGAAUGAUCUAUUAUUUU